ACCAGUUGACCGGAUUGGUUCCCGGCUGUGGCUAUCUGAAUCUGUUUCUGAGACUGCUAUUGGUACACUGCUGUUCCACAGAGGAAGUGCUUAGCCAUGGCAUCGAAUGCUUAUUUCACUCAUGAUAUGUCUUGCAGAUUAUAUAUAAAAAACUUAAUAUGGAUAAGUGAACAAGCAAACUUUAAUGUUGGACUACUUAUAUUUGGUCCAAAGCACAGUACAACCAAUUCCAACUCACAACAACUUUACCCACAUUGUCAGGCAUAUACCUUUUGCCGUUUUUAAGCCCAGGACCACAUUCAUUGCAAAUGGGGCACACAAAAAAUAUGCUGCCUGGAUUAAUCAUGUGAAUGAGGUCAAUAGAAACAGAAUAAUCAUAAGGACUGAAAACAUAUCUUGUCAUAGUGUAAAAUGAAAGCACAUUCUCUGCUGUGACUUUUAUUUUCCUUUAUAUCUACUUUCAAAAUGACCGUCUGGAGAUGUUCUGAUAAAGUCUGCUCCUUAAAUCCACAUGAACUCUGGACUGACUAGCGUCUAGCUGGUGUAGAGCAGAGCAUCGCUUUCAGCUGUCCUGAGCAGAGCUGCAGCAGCAUUCUUGGCCAGGACAGCAGCGACUGGGAUUGGGAGGGGCGGGUAGAGCAGCACCAGCAAUCUGGAGUCUAACAUCCUCUCCACUGAGGUUCACUGCCCUCCAACUUCCAAGACAUCGAAAGUCCAAACCUUUUCCGUGUGCUUUUUCCAUACAACAGGAAGCGGCAACGCUAAGUGGAGUUGAGCGGAACACCGAAUUAGCAGCGUGGGGUCUGUUUCUUCUGAUAGCUCAUAUUUUUUUUCUUUUUUGGCCCGGUGUUCUCAGUAAACCAGGAAAAUUGCUUGGUGUAGCUGUCUCGGAGAGAAGGCUCGGGGGGAGGUUAAACUACGGGAUAUGAUGUCCGAGAAAGAACCGGCGACAGAGAAGAUAAUAACGGAUGUGAUGGCUAAUCCUUCUCCAGCAAAGAGCAUGGGUGACCCUGGAAUCACUCCACUAUCUCCUUCACACACUCAGAAUGACACAGAUGAGGCACCAGCAGGGCCAUCCUUCGUGGUGGUGGUCGCCAUUGACUUUGGUACCACUUCCAGCGGUUAUGCCUACGCGUUCACUAAGGAGUCAGAGUGCAUUCACACUAUGAGGCGCUGGGAAGGCGGGGACCCUGGUGUUUCCAAUCAGAAGACUCCAACCACGAUCUUGCUGACUCCAGACAGGAAAUUCCACAGUUUUGGCUAUGCAGCACGUGACUUCUACCAUGACUUGGAUCCCAGCGAGUCCAAACACUGGCUGUACCUGGAAAAAUUCAAAAUGAAGCUGCACACUACUGCAAACCUGUCCAUUGAUACAGACCUCCAUGCAGCCAAUGGGAAGCGAGUUAAAGCUCUGGAUAUCUUUGCAUAUGCCUUGGCAUUCUUUAAGGAGCAAGCACUGAAGGAGCUGAGUGAUCAGACAGGUGGCGAGUUUGACAACAAUGAUGUGAGAUGGGUGAUCACGGUUCCUGCCAUCUGGAAAAUGCCUGCAAAGCAGUUCAUGAGGGAAGCUGCCUAUAAGGCUGCUCUAGUGUCCCGUGAAAACCCAGAGCAGCUCAUAAUCGCCUUAGAACCCGAGGCAGCAUCGAUCUAUUGCCGCAAACUCCGCCUCCACCAGAUGGUGGACCUGGGCACCCAGACCACCCAGAAUGGCUUCAGUCCCACUGAAAAUGUGGGGAGUGGAAUGACCCAAGUGUCUCCUGGUCAUGCUAAGGAGCAUGUUCGGCGCAACCGGCAGAGCCGUACCUUUUUGGUGGAAAAUGUCAUAGGAGAGCUUUGGUCGGAGCUGGAAGAAGGUGACCGUUAUGUAGUGGUUGACUGUGGUGGUGGAACAGUGGACCUGACUGUCCAUCAGAUUCGUCUUCCAGAGGGACAUCUAAAGGAGCUCUACAAGGCCUCAGGUGGUCCCUAUGGUUCUCUUGGGAUUGACUAUGAAUUUGAGAAGCUGCUGUGUAAAAUCUUUGGCCAGGAUUUCAUCGACCAGUUCAAGAUCAAGAGGCCAGCCGCCUGGGUGGACCUGAUGAUUGCGUUUGAGUCACGGAAGAGGGCAGCAGCCCCUGAUAGAACCAACCCCCUGAAUAUUAACCUGCCGUUCUCCUUCAUUGACUACUACAAGAAGUUCAGGGGCCACAGUGUGGAACACGCUCUACGCAAAAGCAAUGUGGAUUUUGUUAAAUGGUCAUCUCAGGGGAUGCUGAGGAUGAGUCCAGAUGCUAUGAAUUCCCUCUUUAAGCCUACCAUAGACCACAUCAUCCAACAUCUCUCCGAGCUGUUUGAGAAGCCAGAGGUCAGCGACAUUAAGUUCCUCUUCUUAGUGGGAGGUUUUGCUGAGUCUCCCCUGUUGCAACAAGCUGUCCAAAACAUGCUCCAGGGCCGUAGCCGCAUCAUCAUACCCCAUGAUGUUGGCCUCACCAUUUUGAAAGGUGCUGUGCUGUUUGGCCUGGACCCCAGUGUCAUUAAAGUCCGCCGUUCACCCCUCACAUACGGAGUGGGCGUCCUCAAUCGCUUCGUGGAGGGCAAGCACCCACCGGAGAAGCUGCUGGUCAAGGAUGGUACGCGCUGGUGUACCGACGUCUUCGACACUUUCAUUGCUGCCGACCAGUCCGUGGCACUGGGUGAGAUGGUAAAGCGGAGCUAUACACCAGCCAAGCCCUCACAGCAGGUUAUUGUCAUCCAUGUCUACUGCUCCGAGAGGGAGAGCGCAGGGUUCAUCAGCGAGCCUGGCGUCAGGAAGUGUGGGACGCUUCGCUUGGACGUGAGCGGAACGGAAAGCACGGCACCACGCCGUGAGAUCCAGACACUCAUGCAGUUUGGUGACACAGAGAUUCGGGCCAUGGCAGUGGAUGUGUCCACCGGACGCACUGUCAAAGCUAGCAUUGACUUCCUAAGCCAUUGAGAAGGGAACGAAAAAGUUGAUGUUACAUUAUAGUUGGAAGGAGUUGAAAUGCAAACAUACUGCUCACACACUCACACACACACACACACACACACACACGCAUUGACAAGCUGGGGAUAUUUACUGGAAAGUGGUAAAUGUUAAUGUAUCUAAAGGCUCAGUUACUCUCAGUUCCAGUGUAUUGGUACACCGUUUGAAUGAAAGUGUAAAACUUCAUCUCAGUUCCAGGCUGACAUACUGUAGAAUCCUUGUUAUAAAAAGGAGAAGUCUGUAUGAACUCAGUGUGUAUUAGGUCCGUCCCUAGUUUGCUGAGGAGCUCCGUAGUGUUCGCGUUGACACAUUCAUAACAAACCCACAUGAGCUUUGUUGAGGCAGGUUUAAGAGCUCCUGACAGGAAAUAUGAAAGCUUUUUCACUGUCGAUGUUUGAUCAAUUCUCUGCCUUGAUCCAUCUUUACUUUCUUCUUGCUUUCUUUUAAUGUUUUCUGUCAGAUUACAGCAGAUCAUCUGUCCACUGCAAAAUGUUUUGUGUGAUAGAAGUAUCAAAAUGGUCACAAUGUUAUUUCAUCAAGCCUUACUGGAAGGACCUACUACAUGUUCAAAACUUGCAUCACCUCAACAUAGGGUAGAGCUGUUAAUGCGUCAUACUGCUGCCAGACAUUUCCCAAAGCGUACUACUUUAGAUCCAGACAGCAAUUAGUAAUAGAAAUCAACUACAGUGAACAUGUAGACAUCUUUCUUAUCAGAGUUAUGUAAUCAUUGCAUGGCAGUCUACGUGGUACUUUGACCAUCAGUUAGGCUAAACCGUUUCAGACAGUUAGCUUCCAUUUUUAGCUUGUUCAUAAUGAGAAAGUAUAAUCCUAACAAGCACUGUAUGGCUGUGGAUAAAGAUGGGACCAAGAGUUGAGCCCUAAACAACAUCCACAUAUUAUCACCUUGGUGAUGGUUAAUGUGAGCAAACUAGUCAUAUCCAGAAGACAUGGAGCAACAUUAGCAUUCAUUAGGAGCCGUGCUUGUAUUUACCAGAUGAAGAUUCAAUAUUCAUUCUCUAUUAGCUCCAUUUUUGGUCUCCACCAACUCCUAAGGAAAAACAUAUCUGUCUCAUUAACUGCUAAUCGCUCCACUAUGUUCACCCACUAACUGUGUCUCUGCUGUUUGAUGGGAAGGGAUGCAUUAAAGUCAAGUGGAUCUCAUCCAGACACUGAAAGGUACUUGGAUAAGAUGUAGAGGGAUGUGCCAAAACAAAGGCAGCUGAUGCCUUAGGAGUGAGACCAGGCUUGGGGACCUUAAAAGUAUAACCAUUUAGUCAUUUACAGAGAGCCUUGUUUCAAAGUUUUUUUUUUACAUCCUUACUUGAUGCUAAUAAGAUUACCUACUCAUGUAUCAAUACAUGUUACCAAACAACCGCCCAUUUUUUUUCUGUACUGUGGACUACUGAAGCAUAGAAAUUAGGAAUUGGUAAGGUGAAUGUUUGUCCAACAACCCAAUGUGGAUGAUAGGCGGUCAGUCUAAAAAUUGAUGGUAUGCUUUGGAGAAUGACUGGCAAAAAAGACAAUUACAGCUUUCUGAAAGAGGCCAGUUUAAGAGUACCCACAGUUAAAUCUGUAUCCAGUAAUGUGAAACAUGCUGCAGGCUAAACCUGAGAGAAAUUACAGCCAUCAAAUGUGCUUAAUUGUUGCCUUUAUUUGUUAUGCUUCUGAUUACUAAAUGUGGACUAUGUGCCGCUUGCUCACUUGAAUAUUUUGAAUCCAGGUGUGACAAACAAUGAAAUAUGUUUAUUUCUGUAAAUACAGUAUUUAAAUAUACAGAUUGUAUGUAUGAUGUACAGAUUUUUAGCAUUGUUUCAACAGCUUUAGAGCCAAGAGUGUAAGUGUGCACCUGUAUGUGUGUGUGUGCGUGCGUGUGUGUAUGUUGGCUUACAUAUGGACAUGUGUCAACAUUUUUUUUUUUUAAUCACAAGCCAUAGCAUGAGAGGCCAAGGCAGGUUUGAUUGCUGUCUUCAUUCAAAGUCAGAGAUUGGAUGUGUUGACGUUUUUAUUUUAUUUUAUUUUUUUAUUUUAGUAGCAAAAGAAACUUACCUCCGUCCUUAAAAAGGAACAUAUACUGUUAAAAGUUUUGAAAUGGAAGCUGUGUAAUGAAGAAAUAUUAAGACAAAAGUUUCAACCUACUGCAAAUGACUUGAGCCAUUAAAUUUGCAGAAACAGCUGUUUCUGUGUUAAAGACUGAGACAUAGUGAGCAAUAAUCAUUCAAAUAUUAAACCUUGGUAACAAAUCUUGGAAGACCACAUCAAUAAUGCGUUAUGGGGGCAUUCACUUAUAAUUCAUUAUUCAUAUCUAUAAUAUUUUCUGACUGUUGUGUAUCAGAAAACAUUAUGUGUGUUUAUGAGUGUAGUCAUAAAUCAGUAUGAUGAAAAAGUUACCAAAGCCUGCUUUCCAUCAGAUUAUGAAAGGGUUAACUUUUGAAGUCUUCAUGACAAGCCUAGUAGUGGUAGUAGUAGUAGUAGUGCCUAGUAUUAAGAAAGUGAUAAGAUUCACCCAUCAGAACAUAUAGAGUAUUCCUUCACCCUCCUAUACAUAGCUUAUACUUAUAUAAGCUAUGCAUAGGACAUCAUACUUAUAGCUUUAAGUAAGUAAGUGAUUCACUGAAAGCCACUGCUGUGACAUAUCUCUUCAUCUGCCUCUGUCUGGAGAAACCACAGCAAGACAGUAGAAAUAAAUCCCCUCCAGUUUGGAAUGGCCGCAUCAUGCAGUGGAUACCUUGCUAGUUUCAUCACUUUGCUGUUUGUUGUUAUCUCCCAUUCAAUAGCAGGCUUGUAUAUUUGAAUUUGUGACAGCUAAUAUAAUAGCUAGGGGUUUUGUUCUUUCAAAGGAGCAAAGUCUGCUAAUGUCAACACUUUACACUAAAUUCACGUGUUGAGGUCACAGUAUGCUUCAAGGUAACUCCCUCCAAGAAGCCGCUGUCCUUUCUUAGUCUUUGUAGCCUCAGCGCAACGCAAUAAUUUGUCCGGUCUUGGCUGACAGCAUCUCCCCAAACUCCUUCAUGGACCGACCAAGUUGUGCUUCAUAAAGUUACAGACAAUUGCUUUUAGACAAUCAGACAAGCACUUAGUUUGAAGCAUACUGAGAUAAUCAGUGCUGAUUAUUCAACACAAAAACACUGUGCAGAUGUACUUUGUCUCCAUGAGCUGUUGUUCUGAUUCCAUUGAAAUUCUGCUGUGACCAGCCCUUCCACCUGCCUCGGCCCGUCCUGCUGUGGCGGUUGCAGCUGGAUACUUCCAGACCGAUGUGUAUACCUGAUCACAAGUUACAUGUUCUAACAAAACUCAACAAUACCACACACAAGUCUCUAAGAUAGCUGAAAAGGGUGGAAGUAGACAUGAAAUAUCCUGUAAGAAAGCAACAUAUUACAGUGAUAAAUACUGUCAAAAACAAAAACCUUCUGCAAAACAUUUGACUCAAGAAAAACGCUUAGUCAUUGUAAAGUCAUUGGCAUUGAUCAACAAUCCCUGCAGGCAUAUUAUUCAUUUUGUGCUAUAGUGUGCCCAGGAUCUUUGUAUGUUAAAAAUGAGAUCUUGCAGCCUGUUUUAACGCCUUUUUCUUGGAUUCUUUAUUUGAACUGUGAAUCGAGGCUCGUCUCGCUUUUCAAUGGUUAGUGUACAAAGUUGCACAAGGCACUCUUUCUGCAAUGCAUGUUCUGCAUGUGUCACAUAGGAAUGACUUUACAACAUAGCAACACACAAAAUGUUGAUUGCUUUUAGUAAAAAGCUUACCACAAACGAUGACAGUGAUGAUAAUGAUGAUGAAGAUGAUGAAGGUGAUGAUGAUGGUGGUGUUGUUGCAGAUGAUGCUGUCUGUUACUCUGCCUUGUCACAGUGUUAGAGACUGGUGGGGCUGCUUUGGGAGCUGGAAUGGAUGGAAUGAUUUUAAUUCUGGUAACUGAUAGCAGCUCAUAGCUACCAGAGCUGGGCAGCACCUUACAUACCUUACUGAUAACUAAUAAAGUCUGUACUCACAGAGGAUAGAUAUCAAGUGGAAGGAUUUAAUAACACUAUGUUUCUGUUUUUUCCUUGGUUAGAUAAUUACAAUGUAAUUUGUGCAACCCUGAGUAUUAUGUGGUGCACAUGUUAUGUAGCAGCUCUAUACUUAAAGCUAUGAUAAAAUUAUAUAAAGAUGUGUGUAGCUGACAUUAGCCUUCUAUUUAUGGCAGCGUUUGAUGUUUCGGCAGUUGAGAUGUCAAAACAUCUGGUCAGUCAGUCUAAGGUCAAGUUGGUUCACUGAGUUUGAUUUGAGGUGGCAGUAUGGCCAGCGUGCAUCUUGUGCAAGUAUCUGCUUAACACUAUCUAAAAAAAAAAAAAAUACACUAAUUCAGAUUGAGCUUGUAGUUAGGAUGAUCCCAGCAACACAUGAACACUGUGUUCUUUUAGUUCUUCGUUGAUGAUGCAACAAAGUUUUUUUUUUUUUAAUCUUGAGUUACUUAAAUGUUACUUUAAUUGUUCUCUUGCAGUUCUCACACAGUAAUGAGUGUAUUUUGAUCAAUGCCAGGUAUUCACUGUCAAUAAAAUAAAAUGUAUGUGUAUUUCAAAAAACA